AUGGAGGCGGCUCUUGUCAGCGUGGCGACAGGGGUACUAAAACCUGUCCUGGGGAAGCUGGCUGUUCUGCUCGGCAAAGAGUGCGAGCGUUUCAAAGGUGUGCGCAAGGAGAUCCAGUCUCUCACUCACGAGCUUGCUGCCAUGGAGGCUUUUCUCCUCAAGAUGUCGAAGGAGGAGGAUCCCGAUGAGCAGGAUAAAGUUUGGAUGAAUGAGGUGCGGGAGGUGUCAUACGACAUGGAGGAUGCCAUCGAUGACUUCAUGUUGUCUGUUGAUGACAAAGAUGCAAAGCCAGAUGGCUUCAUAGAUAAGAUCAAGUGCUCGCUAGGGAUGUUGGGGAAGAUGAAGGCUCGCUGUCGAAUUGGUAGAGAGAUACAAGAUCUGAAGAAACAGUUCAUUGAGGUGGGCGAUAGGAAUGCAAGGUACAAGACUCGCCAGACCUUCUCAAACACCAAAAAUGUCACCAUUGAUCCUAGAGCUCUUUCUAUGUUUGAGCAUGCCUCAAAGCUUGUCGGAAUUGAUGAACCCAAGCAUGAGAUUAUCAAACUGUUGACUGAAGAAGCGUCAACACAUGAGCAGCCGAAGCUGGGCUCCAUCAUAGGAACUGGAGGAAUGGGCAAGACCACUCUUGCAAACCAAGUGUAUGAAGACCUCCAAGAAAAUUUUGAAUGUCGGGCCUUCGUAUCUGUGUCACGAAAUCCGGACAUGAUGAAUAUCUUGAGAAUAAUUCAUAGUCAAGUUAGUGGUCUACCUUUUAAAGACACUAAAGCAGGGAGCAUAAAACAAGUUAUCAUGAAUAUCAGCAAUUUCAUAGUAAACAAAAGGUACAUUUUCUAUUUUUCUUUGCCUACUUACACUUCUUGA